AUGUCAAUGCUGUAGUGAAUAUAACGUGCAAUUAUUUGAUUUAUGAUUGACAACAAAGAUUAAAAAAUGUCAAGUUGUAGCCUGUGUGUGUUUUCAUAACUUAAUAUCAUCUGAGUGUGACCAACUAUCUUUAGAACAUAUUAGCGAAGAGUUACGGUAAUUUAGCUAUUCGUUAGAUUGGCAACCCGGAAGAGAAAGGGGUACUCGAGAAUUGGUCAGAGAGGAAUCGAUGAAUGUUUUCUUCUGCAUUGCACAAAUAAAGUCGGAUACACUUCGUAUUCCUUUUUUUGUUUGCAAUGGCCACAUCCAUAGAUUUUCGUUCACGGAUCUCCUCAGUAAUGGAGGUUUUAUCGAACGCCGCAGUGAUAGAAAUAUGCAAAGUCGUUAAUGAAGGAUGCUCUGUUUUGCUUUUGGAAUUGACCACAACCAAGAAAGAGAACGAGUCAUUAAAAAGCAAAUUAAAAUCAAUCGAGCUUCUAAUAUCUCAGGACGUAGACAGUGGAAAAGAAGGAGUAUCUACAGACAGCAAUAGAGGGAAUUCCACGGACCGUACAUGUAAUGUAACAGCUGGAGCAGGGCAGUCUCUGGGAGGCGACGGAGGCUGUACGCUACAUGAAAGCCAGAUCUCUUCCCACCCUUGCAAAACAGUCAUGGAAAAGACCAUGAACAGUCCAUCAAGACAAUCUCAGGCUCCAGUUGUAAAAGUGGAAAUGACUGAAGACAAUAUAAGAUGUCAGGAGCAACAACAUGAGCAUUACCCAAAUGACAAUAUGUCUACAAUGAGAAAAAGUGAAAAGGCCUCAUCUUUGUUCAUAUUGUCUGAUGGUACUUGUGACCAGAGCUGUGAUGGGAGGACCCCUCUUCCGCUUGCUGAGAGGCCUCUGUAUCAGAGCGAUAGACAGCAGUACAGUCCAGAGACAGACACCCCUCCCACCUUCAACCAAAGCAGGGCCAUGUCAUUGCACGAGGAGAACAGCUCCCUGUCUUCUCAUCCAGACCUUGAGCUGAUAAAUAGCGCUGGCCAGUCGUGCUCCUUUAAUAACGCGUCUUCUCUCAACUCCUUCAUUGGGUGUAAGCCCGGGAUACCCAUAGACUCGAGUGCGUUGAAAACAGAGGAGCAAGAUGAGUGUGCAUGGAGGGAGACGGGAGACUGUUUUGAGUUCCAACUUAAAGGGAGUAAAUUUGACACGGGUGGAAUGGACGAGCCUACAGUCGGCCCUAGAACUGGAGGGGAUGUCCACCUGGGGGCAGAUUACGAAGGCCUUGACUUCAGUGAGUUACCUGACGUUGGUAAAAUGCUAAGUGCAAGGAUGGGCAAGAGCCACUCAACGGCGAUGAGAAGAGAACACCAGCCGUUACCAUGCUACGAGGAUGGUUUUGCCGACUUUGGGCCGACAUCUCACCACAGGCAGGCACAGGCAGACGGCUUCAGCUCUCCCGAACAACUAGGCCACUCUCUGCAGCCAGGUCAUGGGGGGAGGUUGUUCGGCUGCAGUCAGUGUGGCAAAGAGUUUCACCACCUCCACCAGCUGAAGACACACCGCAGGGUCCACACGGGAGAGAGGCCGUACAGCUGCCCCCAGUGUGGCAAGCGCUUCUCCCAGUCGAGCCACAUCAAGAGACACAUGACCGUGCACACGGGGGAGAGGCCUUUUGGCUGCGCACUUUGUGGCAAGAGGUUCUCCCAGUCGUGCAGCCUGAAGGUCCAUCAGAGGGUGCACACCAACGUACGGCCGUUUAGUUGCACCCAGUGUGGGAAAAGCUUUUCGGUCCUCAGCAAUCUGGUUAGACACCAGGCGAUACACAUGAGGAAAAAGACCAAGGGCCAAUUUAUGCCCUCCUACGGUAAUUAUGGAAAUGGACGCUUUCACCCGGCUCCAGGAGUCGUUUCAUCCGUCAGCUUAUCCGUUGAUCAAGAGGUUAGCAAUCCGGUGAGCUCCGGGCGAAGCGGAGCAAUACCAGAGGAAUUCAUGGGGGCAGUGUAGUCAGAAAUAUACCAAUUCACAAAAGUCAGCCAAGAAGAGUAGUAUUUGACAUCUGAAAAUGUGUUUUUUUUUUAAUAGUCCUGGAGCAUUAAACAGCUGAUAUAUAAAGUGAAUGAGCUCUAAAGAUAUUGCAUAGAAUGCAUGUUAAUGUUUCAAUGUUGUAUGGUGUGGAAUCACUUUCUGACCCUCAAGGAAAUUCUGACUGUUAUGUAUUGAAAUGGCAUGUCUACCUCUUUUGUAUAAUCUGCCGCCGUUCUUUUUGUGUGUUAAUAAAGUAUCAAUAACAUGUGCA